GUUUGUUAAGCUACAAUCAUUCAGCUUUUCUUACCAGUUGUACUCUUGUUGCGCCAAUCUCCAAGUGUCCCUUUCGUAUUUCUACUUACUACUAAUUUUACUAGUUUAUCGUCGCUCACGUGGGCGGCCGCGCAUCUACUCUUCCAGCUUCUCCCCCUCGGAACCCUCCGCUAUCGACUCCGAUCUACAGCCAAGGCCAGACCAUGCUCUUGUCGCCGACGCAGCCGAUGGAAUGAGCUCCAUACCUGCCUCAUCCACCUCUGCCCACCCGCCCUCAGUCCUGGCUGAGAGGCGGAACUGGAGGAGGUUAUCAGGCUUAUCUGUUCUAUCACCUGUUGACGAACGCCCGUCCCCGGCCAACGGUCAUGCCCCCGCCAUCACCGAGGAAAUCAGUGAGAUCAAACGAUACGAGGACUUCACCACCAUCGAUUGGGUUCAGGAUGCGAUUCACGAACAAUCGCGACGUCGAGCGAACCGACGAGACGGCUUUGGGUUUUGGGAUCGAGAAGGCACUUUUGGUUGGAGACGCAAGGUGCGCGAGUCUUACAAUGCUGGACAAGCUUGGGUCGUGAUCACAAUUGUCGGCGCGGUGAUCGGCCUGAUCUCCGCCUUGCUGAACAUCAUCACGGAGUGGUUGUCCGAUAUAAAACUAGGCCAUUGUACAACGGCAUUCUACCUCAAUGAGCAGUUCUGUUGUUGGGGCGCUGAGGGAGGUUGUCCCGAGUGGAAGCCCUGGACGUCCUUCUCACUCGUGAACUACAUCAUAUAUAUCUUCUAUGCGGUACUGUUCGCCUUUGUCGCCGCAAGCCUCGUCAAGUCGUUCGCACCGUACGCCGCAGGGUCUGGAAUCUCUGAGAUCAAAUGCAUUAUUGCAGGAUUUGUUAUGAAGGGGUUUCUGGGGGCAUGGACACUGUUGAUCAAGUCAAUCGCACUUCCGCUGGCUAUUGCAUCCGGGCUUUCCGUUGGCAAGGAAGGGCCUAGCGUUCACUUCGCCGUUUGUGCCGGCAAUGUGAUCUCACGCUUCUUCGAAAAGUACAAACGGAACGCCUCGAAGACGAGGGAGGUCUUGACAGCCACGGCCGCGGCGGGUGUGGCAGUUGCGUUCGGUAGUCCUAUUGGCGGUGUGCUUUUCUCUCUCGAGGAGGUAGCGAACUAUUUCCCGCUCAAAACCUUAUGGCGCAGUUACUUUUGUGCGCUGGUUGCGACCGGAGUGCUGGCGAUGAUGAAUCCGUUCCGAACUGGACAGCUGGUCAUGUUCCAGGUACAAUACGACCGAACGUGGCAUUUCUUUGAAUUGAUUUUCUUCGUCCUAAUUGGCGUUUUCGGUGGGCUGUACGGGGCACUUGUUAUCAAGUGGAACCUCCGGGUCCAAGGCUUCAGGAAGAAGUAUCUGUCGCAGCAUGCCGUCAUGGAAUCGGUCAUUCUGGCAGGCUUGACGGCUGUGCUCUGCUAUCCUAACAUGUUCUUGCGGAUCAACAUGACGGAAAUGAUGGAGAUUUUGUUUCGCGAAUGUGAGGGUGGUCAUGACUACAACGGUCUUUGCGAGGCCAAGAAUCGGUGGACAAUGGUUGGGUCUCUGGCCUUUGCUACAAUUCUCCGCAUAUUUUUGGUGAUUAUCUCGUAUGGCUGCAAGGUCCCUGCCGGUAUCUUCGUGCCCUCAAUGGCCGUUGGAGCGUCGUUUGGCCGCUUUGUCGGAAUCUUGGUGCAGGCCCUGCAUGAGGCGUACCCUAAAUCUCAGUUCUUUGCGUCUUGCGAGCCUGAUAUUCCAUGUAUAACACCGGGCACUUAUGCGUUCCUGGGAGCUGGAGCCGCCCUGAGUGGUAUAAUGCAUUUGACUAUUUCAGUGACCGUCAUCAUGUUUGAACUGACGGGGGCGCUGAAUUACAUCCUUCCAACCAUGAUUGUGGUUGGAGUCACCAAGGCCGUUGGGGAUUGCUUCGGCAAUGGUGGCAUCGCGGACCGCAUGAUCUGGGCCAACGGCUUCCCCUUCCUUGACACCAAGGAGGACCAUGUCUUCAAUGUACCUGUGUCCCAAGCUAUGACAGCAGAUCCAGUCUGCCUUCCCGUAGCCGAGUUCCCUGUGCGCGAAGCAGAGCAUUUGCUAAACGACAACAAAUUCCAAGGUUUUCCAAUCGUGGAGAACCGUACAAAUAAGACGCUAGUCGGUUACAUUGGUCGCACAGAACUGCGAUACGGAAUUGACCGCGCCAAAGCUGAGGGGUUGCUAUCUCCCAGUGCGACAUGUGCAUUUACCAAGGAAGCGGCCGAAGCCGCCAUCGCACGUCGAGCGACUGCCGCUGCCUCUAAUUCGGCAUCGCAACAUCUGGCCCCCGAAACGUUUGAGGACAUCCAAACCAGCGCCGGGACCAGUGUUGUGGACUUGAGCCGGUACGCCGACCACACGCCGCUGACUGUCCACCCCCGGCUGCCUCUCGAGACCGUGAUGGAGAUCUUCAAGAAGAUGGGCCCCCGUGUUAUCGUGGUCGAACACCGCGGCCGCCUUACGGGUCUAGUUACCGUCAAGGACUGUCUCAAGUAUCAGUUCAAGGUGGAGGCCGAAGAACAGGCUCUAGCAGCGACCAGUCCCCCGCAGCUCUCUCUGGGAGGAGGACCGGGAAAUCAGCGGCCAAGCGAGACGCUGGAGGAGCGACUGUGGAAUUGGAUGCAGCAGGUCGCGUCGUUGUUUUCCUGGCAGCGAGCCUCACGGAUACGACUGGGGUCUCGCCGAGUGGAUCCGCGACCGUCAACUCUGCCCGGCAGCGGCCAGGAGGGGGCGUCAUCUUCUUCGUAUCCGCAUGAUCCGAUGGAAUUAGAAGAUAG